AUGUCGGGCCACGACCUCCCGCCUCCUGCCGCCCGCGAGCUAAUGCCUCUCUCCCUCCCCCCCCCACCAGCGCCGCCCACCGCCACCCUUCCUAGUGCCGCCGUCAUGAAGGUCUUCGCCGCCGCCGCCCUCUUGUGCCUCGUCGCCGCCGUCUCCGCCCGCAUGGCCUACCAGCUGCCCGCCGACGCCGUGGCUCUCGUCCGCAACAGCGUCAGGGAGGUCUUCUCGUGCCAGAACCGCGCCUUCGGCUACUACGCCGACGUGGCCAACGACUGCAGGAUCUUCCACGUGUGCCAGCCCAUCGCCGACGAGCAAGGCCAGGAACUGGAGAUGGCCCAUUUCUCCUUCAUCUGCGGCAACCAGACCGUCUUCAACCAGGAGGCUCUUACAUGUACCCAUCCCGAGGACGCCUUCCCCUGCGAACAGGCUGAGACCCUCUUCGAUAUCACCAAUUCCGAAUUUUUCAGAAUCCCUGAAGAAUCCGAUUUAGAAUAA